GCUCGCAGCCUGCUCGACUCGGUCAUAAUGUCUCUUUCAAGCCUUGCGAACAUGUGUUCGCAUCUCAACAAUGUCACCAAAGCCCGGCUAGGCCUCGCAUCCCUACCGUCCACAAAGAUGCACCUGAACUUGGUCCUCGCGAUGCAAAACCAGGGCCUCAUCGGCAGUGUUAUUCGCGCAGGAAAGGUUCCUCCACCGCCUCAUUUCCUUACCGGCAUGCCAGAAGUAGGCGGUAAUUUUGUCGAAGUCGAGCCUGUUACACAAGAAAACGUCGCAUCCAGACGGCUGUGGCUCGGUCUCAAAUACUGGCAGAGCGAGCCGGUCCUCGGAAAGUUGACUCCCAUCAGCAAGCCCAAACACCGAAUCAACCUGGACCUUCCAGGUCUCCGUCAGGUCUUGAUGGGCGAAAGAAGUGGCCGUGUGGAUGGCCUUCGGUCACCUGGAGAGUGCCUGUUCCUUGCAACCGAUCAGGGCGUGAUGGAGGCGCGAGAGCCGAAGCCGAGGCCGAGAUCCCACCCCCGAGCUGGAGGUGUCGUCAACCCCGAAGUUCGGAUUUCCCUUCAACAACAAAGUCCAGCAACUCACAACACCGUCAUUAAAGAAAUGUCAUCUUCGGCUCCAAUUGAAACUACACCAAGGAAACGUAGGCGACCUCCACUGGCAUGCGAGCAGUGUCGUCGGCGGAAGUUGCGCUGCGACCGAAAGUUGCCCUGCACACCUUGCACGCGUUCCAGAGAGUCCUUGACGUGCUCGUAUAGUCCGGGCCAUAUAUCUCAAGUGAACACGUCUACUUCUAUAAGAGAGCCAUCCCCUGUAACAUUUUUAAGUCGUGCAGACGGGAGAAAGCGAAGCUUAGCUUCGGCAUUUUCCAACGAGAGGGAUAUAAAUGCCGGUGACCUCGGUGAAUUAGGCAAUCCUGACGCCCCGCCUCCUCAGACUGCACAAAUCAUCGAGGAUCUUCAGCAGCGUAUUCGUCAAUUAGAGGACUUUGUGUCAACAGGCCGAGUAGCAGAUCAAAUUCCGGCAGUGCUGAGCUCUUCUCAUACCUCUAUAACGCCAGGACAGAGUACUAUACAUCAUCCCAACCCAACUGAACAAAGACCUUCUUUGCAGUCUGGACCAAGUCAAAUACAUGGAAGCUCAUCAAUUACUGCACCAGUGCCGCGCUUGCGUGUUUCUUCCCAGAAAACCAAGUUGUUCGGGGCCAAUCACUGGGUAAACGCAGCAGCAGAGUUUCAAGUUAUUGGAGAUUUUACUCCCAAAGAUAUAGAGUUUUCUUUUGCAAAGGACGACGUGGCCAACUUUAGCACUGCUGUGAAGGAUUGUUAUUACCUCAGACAGUCGUGGAAAAUGCAGCUGUCAAAUGAAAACCUACUUCCCACUAUGGAUCUUCUAAGUACCUUCCCCCAAAGGGAAUUGUGUGACGAACUACUGCGGUGCUACAUGCGGACAUUUGAGCACAUAUACCGCCUCGUUCAUAUUCCAACUUUUUGGAAAGAAUAUGAGGACUUUUGGGCAAGCCCUGGUACUUCUUCCACAAGUUUCGUAAUGAAGUUAUCCCUACUAUUUGCCAUUGGGACAAUAUUUCACAAAGACGAGAAAACACAGAAAUACCUUCAAAGACUAGCACGACAGUGGGUGUAUGCAGCACAAUGGUGGCUGAUAGGCCCCUCCGAGUCAGCCACUUUUAAUCUGGAUGGUCUUCAGAUCUGCUGUUUGGUGAUCCUAGCACGGCAAGCUGGUUGCUUGAGUAGUCCUCUUUGGAUAUCCGCAGACUCUAUGCUUAACAUGGCUAUGAUGAUGGGGUUACAUCGGAAUACAGGUCUUUUCCCGAACCUUUCGCCAUUUCAAGCUGAAAUGAGAAAUAGACUGUGGGCAACAGUUUCUGAGCUGUAUAUCCAGUCUAUCAUGGAUUCUGGGGUCCCAUGUCUGCUUUCAUUGGAAGACGUCGAUAGCGUAUCUCCUUCCAAUGUUAAUGAUGACGAUAUUUCUCCGGAGACUAAGACGCAUGUCAAGACCCAAAGCGAUCAAAUCUUUACGGACUCAUCCGUUCAGAUAUUGCUGGCGAGAUCGAUCCGCCUGAGGCUCGAAGUAGCUCGACUCAUCAACAAACCUGUUCGGGAGGAUUUAACCUACGAAAACGCAUUGAGACUUGGCAAAGAGUUGCAAGUUGCCUGUCGUGAGAUUUCGGCUUUUUUUCAAGAGCACAAGUCCAUCUUUGAAAGCCGAAACAGCCCGACAGAGUUUCAUCGCAAAUUUCUCGACAUGCUUCUGCGAAGAUAUAUUAUAUUCUUACAUCGACCUUUUAUGAUUCAGGCACGGAAAGACCCACGGUACUAUCUAUCGCGCAAAAUAUGCGUAGAGUCUUGCCUAGUGAUAUCCUCGUACACAGAAAGAUUGGAUAUAGCAACUGAUUCCCAGAAAGAUUUAUCUUGCCUAACUUUAUCCGGGAAUGCUUCCUUCAAAGGGGCACUUUGCAUGGAUUUUAUCUCGGUGCUGGGAUUGGAGAUUACAAUGCAAAUCGAGGAAGAAAACUCAUUAGGGGUACCCCAAACACCACAUUCAGGAAGCGACCCACUGGGCGAAAUGACAAAGGCUAAUCGGGCACCACUUUUGAAAUGCCUCAAGUCUAUACACGGUCAAUUAGAACAACCCUUUGAAUUUGGCAUCCCAAGUUUAAAGAGGUACAACUAUCUCACGGGUGUUUUGGCCCUGGUUCGUGCCACGGAAUCCGGAUUACCCGUAAAACAGACAAUCUACGACGAUGUCAGGGCCAGUUUGAAGAAAUGCUUUGCUUUGCUUCAAAAAUCAAAGGCCGAUGAAGACCUCAAUAUUGCAACAGAGCCGCUGCCAAGUGAAAUCGAAGACCUUACGUCCUUGCUCCCUAUAGAGGACUGGGCUUUGAGCCUUGGUAUGAACUUUUCAGAUUAUCUAGGUUUCCCGGGGCUUGUCGAGCAGCCAUCUGCCUUUAGGUGGUAA